UUUUAUUCCCGUUAUUUUCCGCGCGCGCUCUGGAGCGACUUCUGUUAACGCUGCUGUAAUCGGUGGAGUGCAGGGGACAGGAGAGCAGACACCAGGGGUCUGUGCAACCUCAGACACGGCACAAAACCUUUUUUUGCCACGUAAUUACGAGAGCCUAUUAGGCCGAUCUUCUCUCCCGGGGGCCUCUUUUUUUUUCUGCGCGCGGGCCUUUGCCGCUUGCUAACGUUUGAAGUGCCACGAGCUGCGUUCCCUUCUCAUGAGUGCGUGUGUGUGUGCGUGUGUGUGCGUGUGUGUGUGUGGGUGGGUGUGUAGUGCCUGGACACGGAGCUUCGACGAGGCGCUAGUGUGUCCAGCCUCCUCGCGCUCACGGGCCAGCCCGCUUUUACGAGCGCGCGCAUGUGUUUAGGCAGCGGCAUUCCGGCAAACUGCGCUCAGUCUCAGGCACGCGCGCUGACAGCGACGUGGAGUGAAAGCUUUCGGGUUUUUCUCUCUGUCUCUCUCUCUGUCUCUCUCUCUCUCCCCCCAUAAGGAAACUACCACGGAAUCGGAGCAAAAGCGCUUCGUGGUGAAGUUGCAUCUGUGCGCAAAGGCGGAGAGACGCGCCUCCAAACAGCGGAGGUUUGUGUUUUUUUCUCCCCACGGAAUUGACACUUCCACUUACUCCGGAUCCGUGACCAAAUUCAAUUUAAAUUCAAGUACGACAAAAGAAAGACGUUUUGGAGACAGGUAUUCCUACAUAUUCCGGUGGCCUAUGCGAGGGACGGUUUUGCUCGUCCGCUGUUGUUGCUCCGUGCUUUGUUUCUGCGCUAGCCUGUUUGCGUCAUGACUUCUAGCUAUGCGCAUGUAAUGGACAGACGAGCCGUGGCGGUGCCCAGCAGACUGGAGAGCCCCAUCACAGCCAACGUGGACAACCUGCAGGCCAAAAAGAACUUCUCGGUGAGCCACCUGUUGGAUCUGGAAGAAGCAGGGGAAAUGGUGGGCGCGCAGGCGGAUGAGAGCGUGGCGGAGACGGGCAGGACCAUGCUGGAGUCUCCGGGUCUGACCAGCGGCAGCGACACGGCGCAACCGGAGAAUGAACAGUUGAAUUCAGAGGAGAAGAAGAAGCGUAAGCAGAGGCGGAACAGAACCACGUUCAACAGCAGCCAACUGCAGGCGCUGGAGCGAGUGUUCGAGAGGACGCACUACCCUGACGCCUUUGUGCGAGAGGAUCUGGCCCGUAGGGUCAAUCUCACCGAGGCCCGAGUGCAGGUGUGGUUUCAGAACCGACGAGCGAAGUUCCGCCGUAACGAGCGAGCCAUGUUGGCCAGUAAGAAUGCCUCGCUCCUCAAAUCCUACUCAGGAGAUGUAACAGCAGUGGAGCAGCCCAUUGUGCCUCGUCCCGCCCCACGUCCCAAUGACUACCUAUCCUGGGGCAGCGCCACCCCUUACAGCUGGUUUCCGAGUUCGGAGGGAGGGCCAGUGCGAGUGCCACAGAAAAUGCUGCCCACAGAAAGCAACACAAUGGCAACCUACCCACCCACUUGUGCCAACACCACUUCCACCCAGGGAAUGAACAUGGCCAACAGCAUUGCUAACCUAAGACUAAAAGCCAAGGAGUACAGCCUCAACCAGGUCCCCACUGUUAACUGAGACGAGGGGGUGAGAGAGUAAAGAAGGGAGGAUGGAAAUGGAGAAGAGGAAGCCUCGUAGGAGUUGGAUGACUUAGAAAGCCUUAAAGAAUGGGACAAAUUGGUCUGAGAUUCCUCUUUCUUCAAAACUCCAUUGGGAAUGGAACAAUCCUACCCUCCUUCUGGAAUUAUGGUUCUUCCUCCCCCCCUCCAACGCUGGCUUUUUUUUUUUUGUUACCAUCUUCAUCACUGCUGAUGAAUGUAGAUACUUUUCUGAGGAAAUGAAACUCUUCAUAUAUCUGGACUAAUGUGGAGACUGCAAGGCAGACGUAGUGUCUGGAUGAUUUAACCCCCUUUUUUCAUUUUUUAUGGCUUUAAAUUAGAGUCAACUGAAUGAAGUGUGUUCUUCAAAGAAGCCAGUGGAUGAUUGUAGUUUGCUUAAGUUUGAAUUUACACAAGACCUGGAUGAAAAGGUUCAUUUGCUGGAAACCCAUCGAAAAAAAACUUGGAUUCUCCAGCUCUGUUAGAUGUGCAUGACCAAUCCACCUGAACUCUAAAAAGCUGAAGGAACAUCUCCAUACCGAACAGCUAACCUUGUUGUGUUCAACGAGGAAGGUCAUGUCUUAAAUACAUUUCAUUCUAUAUAACCUACUGUACCACUGACACGUAAGAUGUUGGUUCAUGGUGAUACAUGUAACUUCUCAUACUAACACAAAUGUAAUUAGUUUUUCAAGGACAACUUAUACUUCCUGUUUUUUUUUUUUUAAUCUGUAUGCCAUUUCAUAAUUGCAAAGCAUAUGGGAAUAAAGAGACUUGCAUUUCAAGCAGUAAUCACGCAUAUUAAAAUUGGUUCUAAAGGACAGAUCACCUAAUGUGUUCCUAACAGCUCUGUUGCAGGCAGCAGAGAAAACGGCAUCAUGACCAAAAAAAAAAAAAAAAAAAAAAAAAAAAAAAACAUUUUCCCCCUUUUUAACUAAUAUGCUAAGAAUAAAUUUCUCAAACUCAUUUUUCCCAUCAUGAUUCCCAUAAUUUCCUGAUUAAUUACAGUGGUGUGAAUCAGGGUGCUGUGACUUUAAACAGGGUUGGUGUUGUGUACAUCUCUGUGGAACUGUGUGUGAGAGAAUGAUUUAUUUAGAAAGUGUAGUAAAUGCUUGUUUUAUUCAUCUCAGAUCUGAUUUUUUCUCCCAAAACAGACUUCUCUUCUCGUCUCUGUUUCUAAAUGUGACACAUAUUUUCAAAAAGUAAAACACGCUUUUAAACAGUGCACUCACGCUGAUUUUCAGAUCUUUUGAAUAUACUGAUAUUUUCUGAAAAAUGUCCAGUUCCAGUGUGAGAAAGUAAUAACUGAUUUAAAAUCUUUUCUUUCCUAGCUUUUUUUCUAUGCUUUUAAUCAUUGAUUAUUAUUAAUUAAGUGAUUCGAAUAAAAAAAAAAAGAUUCCUGAAUUGCUUUUUACUUUUAACAUAUAAAUUACUUUCUAAUUUCUUUAUUUUUGGCCGGCCCCACAUUUCUCAAAACAAACAUAAUGUUGUUUUAAUAUAACUGAAGUACUUUUAUGGGAGCUUCUUGAUGAACUUACGAUUCGGGGUUUAUUUGGAACAGGCCAAGAUUUUGAGAUUCUUUUUUUGUUUGUUUGUUUUUUGAUGUUACACAUCAUGUAGCUUCAACUUUUCUACCCUAUCUUUUUUCCCACGGGGGCAUGUAGUCUGAGGACCAGUGUACUUAUUAUAGUUUGAUAUUACUCCAUACUGGUACACACGUACUACUGUCCAUAAAUGUCCUUAUCGUGCUAUCCUGCCCUUCACGAAAAAAAAAGACUAUAGGUAUAUAGAAUAAAGAUGGCAGUAAUCAUCCCUGCAUCAAGGCAA